CUCCACUCCCCCACCUGUUUUCACAUUUCAUUAUUCCAAAGCACAUAAAAAAUUAAAGCCCUCUCUGGCUGGCUCUGAGACUUAAAAAGAGUAAAAAGAGAGAUGCUCAUCUUUUUUUACUUAUAAAAACCAACACAUUACCCUAUUAUCUCUUAUUUUUUUUGCCAUGGCCAAAAGCAGAGGAAAUCCCAGUAUCAAGCACUCCAAAACCAAUAAGAAAAAAGAAGAAAAACCACAUUCAUGGGCAGUUGUAAGAAGCCUCUUUACUUGUAAACAUCUACAAGUAAUUGCAAGGCCAGAUAGCCAACAGCAAGUAAUACUAAAAGAAGAGAAAAUUAAUCCUAAAGGCCAACAUGAAGGUGAAGACAAUAACAACAACAAGAAGUGCAAGAAAAUGAAGUGUUCUGGCUCUAUAUGUAGUAACACAAAGGUCAUGCAUAGGCCUGAGCCAUCGCCAUCGCCUCCUAAAGGACGUAAAUUAAAUGGCACUAGUAGUUUUUCUUCUUCUUCUGCUUCUGCUUCAGUUUCUUCGUCUUCACUACUCUCUAGUUCACCAGCUACAUCGUCGUCGAUUAGAGGAAUGCCAUUCAGGAAACUUUCAGGUUGUUAUGAAUGUAGAAUGGUUGUUGAUCCAAUAGCUAGGGAUCCUUCUUUGAGAUCAAAUAUUUGUGGUGAAUGUGGACAUAUUUUUAUGAAAGUUGAGAAUUUGGAACUUCAUCAAGCUGUAAGACAUGCUGUAUCUGAAUUGGGUCCAGAGGACACAAGUAGAAACAUAGUGGAAAUCAUAUUUCAGUCAAGUUGGUUAAACAAAAAGACCCCAGUAUGCAAGAUAGACAGAAUCUUGAAAAUCCACAAUACUCCUACAACUAUUUCAAGAUUUGAGGAAUACAGAGAGGCUAUUAAGGUUAAGGCAACUAACCUUGUCAAAAAACACCCACGUUGUAUUGCUGAUGGAAAUGAACUAUUAAGGUUCCAUUGCACAACAUUCAUGUGUUCACUUGGCCUAAAUGGUUCCUCAAAUUUGUGUACUGUCCCUAAUUGUAACGUUUGUGCUCUCAUCAAAAAUGGAUUCAAGCUAGCUACUACUACUCAUCAUGGCACAAAGAAAGGUAUAUUGACGACCGCGACGAGCGGGAAGGCGCAUGACAACGCGAGAGUGGUGGUGGAGGAGGAGGAGGAGGAGGAGAAGAGGGCAAUGUUAGUUUGCAGGGUAAUUGCAGGAAGGGUGAAGAAAACUUUGGAUGGAAAUAAUAAUAAUAAUAAUAAUAACAAUAGUAAUAAUUUGGAGGAAUAUGAUUCUAUUGGUGGAGCUGCUGGACUUUAUUCCAAUUUGGAUGAGUUGUAUGUGUUUAAUCCUAAGGCUAUAUUGCCUUGCUUUGUUGUCAUUUACAAAAGUUUCUAGUCACAUUGUAGUAAUUAAAUUAGGAUGUUAUCAUCAUUUUCCUUGAUCUUGUUAUGUCACAACAAUAUUUUUCAUUUGUUUUGUUCAAAUGAAUGAAAAUGCAUGUGUCAAUUUG